CUACAGUCUGAGUUCUCUGCUUUACUGAAAUAUAUUCUUUGUGUUUUUCUUUUCCAGCGAAGCACAUCCGACUGGGGGUAUGUUGGAGAUCUGGUGGAAGACGAUGACAAGAUAGGUCUUUACAGCUACAAAGUUCAGUCCACUAUAACGUCACGGUUGGCCAACACAAUGAUCCAAGCCAAAAUGGUGAAUAACGCAAAACGGUCCCAGCACAUAGUGUUUGAUGUGCAAGUCCCCAAAGGAGCUUUUAUUGACAGCUUUACUAUGGAUGUAAAUGGUAUAACAUUUACUAGCUCAAUACGAGAAAAAUCUGAAGCUAGAAGAAUGUAUUCUCAAGCAAAAGCCAAAGGCAAAGCUGCUGGAAUAGUAAGGAGCAAUACAAUGGAUAUGGAAAACUUCAAAACUGAAGUGAAUGUGCCCCCUGGGACAAAGAUUCAGUUCGAACUCCAUUACCAAGAAAUGAUUCGAAGGAAACUGAGCUCCUAUGAGCACACCAUCUCUGUGAAGCCAGGACGCUUGGCGAAGCACAUGGAGGUGGAUGUCCGCAUUGUUGAGCCACAGGGAAUUCGCUAUGUGCAUGCUCCUAAUUCACUCGGAGACCAUUUUGAUGGAAUCACUACCAUCUCCAAGGGAGAGAAAAAGGCUCAUGUUUCUUUCAAGCCAACGAUGGCUCAACAGCGAAAAUGCCCCACGUGCUCUUCUACAGCUGUAGAUGGGAACUUUGUCGUGCAAUAUGAUGUGAACAGAGAAACCACGGGUGGAGAGCUGGAAAUUUUUAAUGGCUAUUUUGUUCAUUUCUUUGCUCCGGAAAACCUUGAUCCUCUGCCCAAAAACAUUUUAUUUGUUAUAGAUGUCAGCGGAUCAAUGUGGGGACUGAAAAUGAAACAAACCAUUGAAGCCAUGAAAGCAAUACUGAGUGAGCUCCGUGCUGCUGAUCAGUUCUCUCUUAUCGACUUCAACCACAAUGUUCGAUGUUGGAGAGAUAAUUUAGUCUCAGCCACACCAUCACAAGUGGAAGAUGCAAAGAAGUAUAUCCAGACGAUCCAUCCCAAUGGUGGUACAAAUAUCAAUGAAGCUCUUCUCCGAGCCACAUUCAUCCUGAAUGAAGCCCAAAACUUAGGGAUGUUGGACCCCAACUCAGUCUCCAUGAUUGUAUUAGUGUCUGAUGGAGACCCAACAGUAGGUGAGCUAAAGCUGACUACAAUCCAGAAGAAUGUGAAGCAGAGCAUAAAGGACGAAUUCUCUCUAUUCUGCCUUGGGAUUGGGUUUGACGUAGAUUACGAUUUCCUGCAGAGAAUCGCAACCGACAACCGUGGCAUGGCCCAAAGGAUUUUUGGAAAUCAGGAGACCUCCGCCCAAAUGAAGAAAUUCUACAACCAAGUCUCCACUCCGCUCUUGAAGAAGAUUCAGUUCAACUACCCCCAGGAGUCAGUGUCAGAUGUCACCCAGAGCAGCUUCCACAACUACUUUGGUGGCUCAGAGAUAAUAGUGGCUGGGAAGGUCGACACGGAAAACCUGCAGCACUUGGAAAGCAUCGUCACAGCUACAGCAGCAAAUGCAGAGCUUGUUAUGGAAACCCUGCGAGAUGUUGAAGAACUGGAUGGUUUCAUGAAGAAAGACAGAUAUGCGGAUCCUGAAUUCACCAGGAAACUGUGGGCUUAUCUGACUGUCAACCAGAUGCUAGCAGAGAGAAACACGGCCCCCACUGCAGCUUUGAAGAGGAACAUCACCAAAUCCAUCCUACAGAUGUCUCUUGACCAUCAUAUUGUCACCCCCUUCACAGCCAUGCUGAUAGAGAACUCAGAAAAGGAUGAAAUAAUGUUGGCAGACCAACCCAAAGACCCCAGAAGGGGCUGCUGCCCAGGUCAGUGUCUUGGCUUGUCCACUUACAUGAGCUGCCAUUUUGGCUUUAUUCUUGUCAUGGACGCGUGCUGUGUUCAUUGCCCACUCAGGGUGUUUGUGCUUAUACCAUAG